UCAGUUUUGCGCCGGCCGUGGAGAAGGGGAGUCGCUUCGCGCAUGCGUCCUAACCUCGAACUGUCAAAUCCCGAACGUAAAUAAACAAGUGAAACAAUUUUGUGCCAAAACUGUGUCGUCUAUUAUUUUGUUUUAAAAACAAUUAUAUUUCCAAAAGUGACUUUAUUUGUGUAUUUAAAAAUAUUGUGAAACGAAUUUGCGAGUGUUCCAAAAAAGUAAUGAGGCAGUAACACUGAAUCGAAAACGAGAAGAUGCAUUUGCAAACAGUGUUGGCUCUAGGCGCAAUUUUGCUCUGUGAUGCAAAACUACCGAGGAAACAACACAUACAGCCAAAUGAGUUACCAUCGAACCCUACACAGAACUCACAAGCUCUACGACUAUUACAAAUCGAAUCAAAGAGUGAAAAGACCAGUCGAAUAGUCAACCAAUACAGAAGAAAUAGACGAGAAUUAUUUGACUCAAAAUCGUAUGAGUCAAGUUUAACGUGGGCCCAUUCAGAAAAGCUAGAUGAAAACGGAGACUUUGUACUACGGUGGGUGAACUCUGAUUCGAGUAUCACGUUCCGUUUAGAAGCGAAAACCCUUGGUUACGUCGGCUUAGGGUUCAACUCUGCGAUGAAUAUGAGAGGAGCUGAUUUGGUCGUCGCUUGGGUGGACGACAGGAAUGGAAUCGCUCGGGUUUUAGAUUGCCACGGGUUAGCCUUCGACGAUCGGGCUGUAGCAGAUGAAGUGCAGAACUAUGAAUUGAUAUCCGGUUAUCAGAACGCCACUCAUACCACUGUGGAGUUCAGAAGACAGCUGGAUACUUGUGAUAGACAGGACUUCGUUAUUGGGGAGGACACAACCCAGGUUCUGUGGGCUAUAGGUCCUGAGGGUUCCGAUGGGCAACUACCAGAGCAUGUUCACAAAGGAUCCCGGCCAUUGCGACUUCUGCAGCCAGUGUCGAAGCCUGACUCCAUCCCGCUGUGGCAUUGGGACGUGAGGUUGAAUAAUCUCACGAUCCCACACGAUAUGGCUACUCUCUUCUGGUGCAAGAUUUUCAAAGCACCGGACCUACCUUCCAAGCACCACAUCGUCGGCUACCAACCCCUGAUCGACAGCAGACCAAUCAGAAACGGCAGACCAGUGGUGGAGAAAAACAGUCUCUCUCCCGUCCAUCAUAUGGUGCUUUACGAGUGCGCUGAGGAUCCUGAUAAAAAUAUGUGGAACGAAUGGGCGGAUGGUGAUGGAUUCUUUGGGCCAAAUAAACCGAGCGAAUGGGCUGCCUGCGUAACUCCUAUCGCGGCGUGGGCAAUGGGGUCUAAAGGCGAAUUCCUCCCUGAAAACGUUGGCAUACCGCUUGGUGAGAAAGCAGGCGUCUCCUACUAUAUGCUUGAAGUUCAUUACGACAACCAGGCGUUGCAUGAAGUGCUAGACAGCUCCGGCAUAAGAGUCCACUACACGCCAGCGCUGCGCGCGCACGACGCAGCCCUACUAGGCGCGGGAGUAGGGGUGUCAGCCCUGCACGUUAUACCGCCGAAACAGCGCCAGUACCGCACCGUCGGGAUCUGCAGCCCAGAAUGCACCAAUAGCACUAUGCCAGAUGAGGGCAUCAACAUCGUUUCGGUGCUCCUACACGCCCAUGGGACGGGAAGGAAAAUAUCUCUAAAACAUAUCAGAGGAAAUCAAGAAUUGCCCGCGAUUUCGGAGGAAAAUAACUACGAUGCACGCUACCAACAAUCUAGAAUAGUUCCUGGCGGUAGAAAGUUUCUCAGAGGCGAUACAUUGAUUACGGAAUGCACCUAUGACAGUACGUCAAGAGAGAAACCGAUAUUAGGAGGCUAUUCUGCUUCACAGGAAAUGUGCCUAUCAUUCGUCCUCUACUACCCUCGGACGGAGCUUGCUGGCUGUUACUCCAUGACCCCGGUCAAAGAGUUCUUUGAGACCUUUGGCGUCAAGGAGUUCUACGGCUUGACCAUACUGCAGGUUGAAAACAUCUUCUUAUCCAAUGGAAACCUGGACAGCUUGCCGCCUCAACUGUUGGAGAUGGCUGCAGCGAGACAAAGGAGCGCUGAAGAAUCUGCCAUGCAGGGCGAUGACCAGGGUGUUGGCUUGAUGAAGGAGCUAGUGAUCCUGGAUCCACCAGAGUUCCGCAACAAGACGUUUAUGGCACACCUCAACGAGAUGCCGUGGUCGGAACCCCUGCUCACUGAGAAGAUCGAGAUGUCACUCUACAAGGGGAUGCACAUGACAUUCUGCAAGAAACGGGACGAUUCCUGGGGUGCUCCGAUUCAAAUCCAGAACUAUCCCAACUACACGGAACUUAUGAACAACGAUACAGCUGAGAAAUCGUGCCACUACAAAAAUGUUAUACUACCCUCAACUACAGCCUCUUCAGCUCAUAGAAACUUAUUCAACUGGUCGGCCAUUUUGGCUGUAUGCUCAAUAAUCAUCGUCGCACGGUAAUGAAUACCAUAUCCUUUAUUCAAGUACAGGGCCAACGAGUUUUUGUUUUCUUUUUCGUUUAGGAGUUUUAAUUUUAUUGCAAAAUAAUGCGUCGAUUUAGUUUGGAGUCGUCUGUGUUAGACGUGUGAAACGAUGAUUCAGAUAAAUGAUGUCUUGAAAAAGUUGUACAGUUUGGAUAUUGAACCAUGAUUAUGCUUCUACUUUUCUUUUGUUUCCUUCUUUACUUUUUUUUCUAAGGUUUUUUUAUUUCUUGUUUUUCUAACAUAAUCAGUGAUUCAAUGACCAAAGUAUACAUUUUCUCAUUUGUGAAAUUCUUUUGUACAUACUGCUUUUAUAGCACACCAAAGGUUAUGAAAUCUAUGCUUUCUUCAAUUCUGACCGAUCAAUUCCUUCGUUAUAAUUCUAACAAUGGUUGCAUUCAAAGGUUGAUUAUGUUUUUUAAUUGUAUGAAUGGUUUUUGUGAGUUUUGUACUUAUAAGUUUUCCUUAUGACGCAUAUGUGUGGUGAGAUCUUAGAUGCCGCCUUGGAAGUGGAUUUUUGUAAAAAGUAUAAUAAGUUUCCUGUUUACGCUGUAUGUUUUGUCUAAUUAGGUUUUAUACGUAAAAAAUGGGAUUCCCAGUACAAGAAUUACUUAUAACAAUGCCUAUCCUCAAAUGCAUCAGUUUUUAAGUUAAGCCAUUUCGUUUACAAGAAUUCACUUCAAAUGACGAUUGCGUGUGUUUACAUAAUGUAAAAUACCAAAUUAAUGGUAUUUCUUUUAUUUACUUUGUGUUUCUUUGAACAGAGUUAUAUUUUGACUGAUUAUUGUGAAUUCCCGUUUCCUAUAGGUCGUCAGCAUACAUUUUCGUAUGUUAGGUUUAGUUAUAUUGUUACAAACCGUCGAAAACCUCGUCUAAGAAAUCUUGUAGGGUGUAAAAAUAUGACCAGUACUUAAAGAAGUGACAUUAACAAAAAUUCGCUAACAAAAUUAAGUAGGUACUUACCUACUUUCCACACGAUAUCGACAAAAUGAAUUUUCAUUUUUAUUAUUAUUCGUUUUGAAAGCUUAUUUGGAUAAAUAUUUGAUUCUUUUUCGAUUUGAUUUAUUUAAAGGACUGAUUUAUAUUUGGAACACCCUAUAAUAAUAUAAUAUAAUAUCCAAUGCAAUGUUUCAAUUAACUUUAGUUAUCCAUAUUCUAUAAUAGAUGUUUUCGUUAUUAGAACAUAAGUAGUAUUGAUAAUGACCUUUUCAAAAUACUUAAAUGUGCCUAUUGUAUCGAAAUGUGUCUUAUAUACGAUCGUAUUGUAUUCGAUUCGAACAAAUAUAAUAAUAAUGUAUGUAAGUAUGUGUAAACAUUUAAUUAGGGCUGUGCUUAAUAGGCCUACGAUGAAUCUAUUUCUACAAUUACCACAUAAUAUAGGGUACUAUUUUUGUAGAAUUUAUUAGAAAUAUUUUUUGUACACUUUAAAUGUAAAAAUGUUUAGUACAUACUCAAGCGCCGCUGUUUAAGAAUGUGUAGUUGUAGAAAUAGAAAGUUAUGUUAGUAGAAUUUCAAAUACCCGAAAAACGACGGUGUUUUGAGUCAUAAUCAUAAAAAUUUGCUGUAGUAUUGCAUUUUGCUACUAUUCUUUUUAAUUUAUACCUUUUUUUCGAGGUGAUAGUUGUAAGAAUACGCUUAGCUGUAAUUUUAAGGUUUAUUUAUUUAAAAAGUCAAUAUAAUGUGUUUUAUUACA